CCCCGAGUUGAACUAGGAUUUUCUGUCGGCCGAUGACACCAUCGCGAGACGAAGCGGUUGACACUUGACAGGAAAGGAACAAGAGUGACCCUGACAGCCAGGAGAGGAGAGGCUGUUGACAAGUUGUGUUCACAUUUUUGUUUAUUCCAAUCGACUUUGUAUUACUAUUUUUUUUUUAUUGAAGAGUACAGCGGUGAAAUGGCUGCGCUGUAUGCCUGCACGAAGUGUAACCAAAGAUGCCCGUUCGAGGCGCUGUCUCAGGGACAGCAGCUGUGCAAGGUAAGGGCACAGCGCAGCGGGGUGGACGCCCUGGGCUACAGUACACACACCCUGGCACAUAGGCACGGGCAGGGCGCUCAGUAACAAUGUGGUGAAUAUCUGGGAGGAGAGAGAGAGGGGUGCUUGCGGGAAAAGCUCUGGGUUAGACCAGCCAGGGAGGGAGGCGACGGGACUGACAUGGGUAGGGUUCAGCAAAAACGGUCGUUAUUGUUAAAUACGUUUUUAUUUGCGCAUUACUACAGGAGGGUGGGCAGUGGGCAACUGCACAGGGGCCCACGGACUCGGAGAAAAAAAUGAACAGAGAUAAUAUCCCUCACAUUUAUAUCUGCAGAUGUUACAGACAUCACAUUCGUAUCAUUGUAGCUACCGAUGGCAGCAAUUAAGUUUGACGCCUCCCUCAUUUCAACAGGUACCACUAUGGUCUUAAUUAUGUUUUUAAAAAAAUGAAACUUGAAUUAAAACGAGCUUCGUAACGUUUUUCGUGCACCUCAUUGCAAAAAUAAGAAAGUUAGCAUCGUUUUAUUUGUGGGACACAUAUGUGCCUUGUACCUUAAAGGGUUAACCUACAUGCUGUUGUUGUUGAUAAUAAUAAUAAUAAUAAUAAUAAUAAUAAUAAUAAUAAUAAUAAUAAUAAUAAUGAUAUAGUUAAUACCAGUAAUAUGCUAUGAACAACAACACUAAUAUACAUUAUUAAGGUAGUACAGGUGCAGUCCACUUGGACUCAAGGGACAGUGGAAAUCAGUGCUUUAUGUAGUAAACACAAGUUGAAAUGCUGUCUGUAACUGCGAACACAAGUACUUUAAACCCAUCCCCGCUACUGAGUGCAGCACAUUCCUACAUCUCUAUUGGAGCACUGUAACAUGCUUGCGAGAUUUCUUCCUCAUGAGAGUUAAAGCUGUAUUACAGUACGUUAGGGAGUGUUUACACACUGGUGGAGUUUAAAAUGCAAUUGCAAAUUGUAGCAAAAUGUAAUAGAAUGCCUAAACACACGAAACCCCAGAAGAAUGUGCCGGUGAGCAGAGGGAUUUCGUUGUGGAAGACAGCAAAGGAAAGAAGGAGUGUCGAAUUGCACAUCCUAUGGUUAAGUGCACGUACUGCAGGACAGAGUUUCAGCAGGAAAGUAAAACCAACACCAUCUGUAAGAAAUGUGCACAGAACGUGAAACUGUAUGGCACACCCAAACCCUGCCAGUACUGUAACAUAAUCGCCACGUUCAUCGGUAACAAAUGCCAGCGCUGCACAAACUCAGAGAAGAAGUACGGCCCCCCCCACACGUGCGAGCAGUGCAAGCAGCACUGUGCCUUCGACAGGAAGGACGACAGGAAGAAGGUGGACGGGAAGCUGCUGUGCUGGCUCUGCACCCUCUCCUACAAGAGGGUCCUCCAGAAGACCAAAGAGCAGCGCAAGCACCUGAGCUCCUCCUCUCACACAGCCCUGCAGGAGAAGGAGCAGCUCACCUGGCUCAGCGAUGCCAGCCACUACAACAGUCAGAAGACUUUGUCCACCUCGUCCAUUCAGAAUGAAAUUCCAAAGAAAAAGCCCAAGUUUGACGCCAUCAUAGCCAAUGGGGACAGCUUCUCCCCGGACCUGGCCCUGGACUCCCCCGGCACAGACCACUUCGUCAUCAUGUCCCAGCUGAAGGAGGAGGUGGCAACGCUCAAGAAGAUGCUGCACCAGAAGGACCAGCUCAUCCUGGAGAAGGAGAAGAAGAUCACGGAGCUGAAGGCUGAAUUCCAGUACCAGGAGAAUCAGAUGAGGUCCAAGAUGAACCAGAUGGAGAAAAUGCACAAGGAGGUUGUGGAGCAACAGCAGGCCCGCAACAGGGAGCUUAUGAAGCAGGUGGCCGCUCUGUCGAAAGGGAAAAAGCCAGAGAAAGCAGGAGCAAUGACAUCACCCUGAGACCGACAAGACAGCUCAGCUGUGCACCACAAGAGGGCAAGGCUGGUGCUGUACAGUCACUAUGGUAACACACGGACACACAACUUUAUAUGCAGCUAUCAAUGGACACAAAAAACAAGAUCAUAGGACCUCCACAGAGUGGGCUGUAGUGUGUCCAACACUUAGAAGUGCUAGUGUAAUAAUGGUCUAAUGAUACCAACUAUAGUCGUGAAUUUGACUGCUAAUAUUAAAAAAGCAGAAUGUAGGUUUUUCAAAGGGACAUCCUUCACUUGGGUUGUGUUUUCAACAGCAACAGCUGCAGAAUGUCCAAGAGAAUUUAGAAUCACCUUAAUGGUUCUGAACCAGAGGGGCUUAUAGGAUUAUGCUUCAUCCGUCUCCUACUGUCUUCUCAACUCUUGUUGGCUGCUGUUUUUUUUUUUUUUUUAACAAAAAGUUAAAAAUAAUAAAUCAAUGUAUUUAUUUUCAAAUAGAAAUACACACCUGGAGGUCCUGAGUGUCUCCCUGGUAAAAGCUCAGCCGUGUGGUUUGCACGGUGAGUCAUACAGUCGGGAGCACAGGUUCUUGUCCUGGCUGCGCAGAGUCGCCAGUCUUUGCUGGGGAUUCUGGAGGGAGCGUUGCAUUGGCUUUGGCCCUCCCGCUGGUUAGGGAGGCAAAGCCAGCAGGACUGUUUCCCCUCAUCGCACUACAGCAGACCCUACUGGCCAGGUGCCCAGUGAGCUCAGGCAGGACCUGCAGGGCUGGCCUUUGUCCUCCAGGGUCCGGUAGCUCGCUGAUCCGCUCUCGAGUUCCUGGGUGUAGAAGAGGAAGCUGGCUUGGUCGUGGGAUCGGAGGACGCCCGCUGAACCUUCAGUUCUCCUGAGCUGUAAGGGGAAUUGGAAAUUCUAAAUUGGCGAGAAAAUUGGGGGUAAAAUAAUUGGGCAGCACUCAAUUUAAAAAGAAAUAAAAAAUACACACCUUUUUAUUCCCAUUAAAAUUCUGCGUAGUUACCAAUGAUGAGGUUUCAAUGUGUUCUGUGAGGGUUUACUUCCUAAAUGCUCUUUGUGAUGUCUGUGCUGUGAAUAAAUACAUGCAGAUCAGAUCGACCCUUUACAUACUAACUUUUUAUCUGAAACCUGACAUUUCUUUCCGUUUGGUCAAAUGUCUGGUUUGAUGUACGUACUGUGUCGUUAUCAUGUGAAUACGGUUUUCUCCUUUUGUUUUCUCCAUGUUUAAACCUGCAUGGGUCUCAGGUAUGCACUUUGUAAUAUGGUGUCUUUUAAACAUACAUACUGGUAUGUAAUGUAUAGUAUUUUAUAAAACAGAUGCUAUUUCUAAUGCCCUUGUCAAGGAACUUAGAGAGCAAUAUUGGGAUUUCCGUGUUCUGUUUAUAUACUCUGUUACAGACUAGGCCUACAUUGAACAAGUAGGUAAAGGGUGCUAUUGUAUACUGGUAUAAUAUACAGAAUAUUGGCUGUACUGCAGUCUUCUGUGUUUAAUAAAGUACAUGUAUCCUCGCU